AUGCAGGAAGAGACCUACCUAAAUCAUUUUAGAAACAAUCACUUUGUGGAAAACAGAAAAAGUGACAACAACACGAGGCUUCAUCGCCUGGAAUCUUGUCCUCCGUGGUUGCAGUUUAAUAAAUACAUUCUCCAUGGAUAUCGGUGCAAUCUGUCCACUGGUCAGUGUGUGGAGAGCCUAUUCUACAUUCAUAACGAAAGCUUUAAUAUUUAUUCUCAUGGUAAGUAAAUAUGAAGCCAUAAAAUUAAUGCAGCGGGUUUUAUUCAAACACACGGGCUUUGUAAAUUAAGAACAGGGUUCCCAUCCCCUGGCACGCAAGAAGCUGAAGAAGGGGAAUAGAAAUAAAAUGGGUUAGUUAUAAUCAUCCGAGGACUUAACUUUUAAAAAAAAAUAGAGCCUGAGCGUACUGGCAUACUGGCAUCUGUUAAGACAAUUUGAAGUUCAAAACAGAAUUAGCAAGUGUCAGCUGAUGUUAGUCACUAAAACAGAAAUAAAUUUACUUUGAACUUAAUAAAUAGCUAUAUCAAGAGUUUUAUUACAUUGAAGACCUACAUAAUUUUCAAAAUGAUCCAUAUUCUAGUGAGUCCGAGAUUCUGAGACUUAAAUAAAUUCUAAGUGCCAAAAAUGUCUAAAGGUCAAGACUCUGUUUGUUUUGGCAGACAAGUGGCAGAUCCAGGGAAAAUGCCGGGGGGCCCGCCCCCCCGUUAUUUUUAGACCAAAAUGAGGCCCGCACCCCCCCCCCCCUUUUCUGAAGGUCUAGAUCUGCCACUGGAGACUCACCUGUUUUGGAUAGACCAUUCUAUACCCCUUGGACCUAUAAGACGUAAGGCAUGCUUCACGUCAGUGGCACAACUUGGUUUCAAAAACAUUGUGCCACUGCCUUGCUUAAGUCACAUCUAAUUUGAUCAAUUGAGCUUAGUGUAGCAGAAGCAGGAUGUUUGAAACAGGCUUUAUUUCACUUUUGCAGCUAAGACUAGAUUCAUUCUUUCAUUUUUAUUUCAGGAAUCCCAUGUGCUGUUAUCUUGGUUCUGAUUCCACUAACAGCAAGUGCUGCUUGUCUGGCAGACCCAGUGUGGUUUUUCUUUCAUUUCUUUGCCUGUUUUGCUCCAUUCUUUGCAAGUCCUAUUUAUCAUUUAUUUAUGUGCCAUCAAGGAGGUUGUGACACUUAUCAACAGCUUCUCACUUUCGACGUUUGUGGAGUUUGGGCAAUAAAUGCAUUUGGUGGUCUCUGCGGAAUUCGAGCAACUUUGUAUUGUAUGCCAUUUUGGGGAACCUUCUCUCUAACAUUUUACAUCAUAGUGUCUUUGCUGUCUAUUUUCCUAAUUCUGAAAGCAAAUAGUGCAAAGGAAAGGUUUAAGCCUUUAAUAGUAUUUGGAGUAAUGAGAUACUUUUUCAUCAGUGUGCGGCUGUCCCUUUAUACCUUCAACUGGACUACCAUCAUUACUCCCAUCCCACAUUACCUCUGCAUGGAUCUGCUGGCUUUCGUUGGUGGCACACUCAACGUUGCCAAGAUACCAGAGAGGUGGUUUCCUGGGAGGUGCGAUUACAUUGGCAACAGUCACCAGAUUAUGCAUGUUCUAACAGUAAUAAGUGUUUAUUGUUUACAUGUUGGUUCUGUCCAUGACUUCAAUUGGAUGCAAGAUGCUGUUUGUCACUGA